ACAGCGGGGGACUGCCAGCAGAGCGUUAAUACAAACAGAAGCGCUAACUACCUUUGAAAAUUCUAUAUAGUUCUAAUAAUUGCAACAACAACAACAAAUACAUAUAUAAAUAAAGCAACUGGCGAGUUUUAUUUGGCCGAGCAGUCCCGAGAAUAAAGUUGGUCUCCUUCAUUUUUCUUUCAAACAUGAACUUUUUAGCAUUUAGUAACAUUUUGACCUGUGUCAUCUUAUGUCAAAAUAUUGGACGAUACUCAGUAAACGCCGGGAUCUGCUGGCUGCAGCAAGGACGCGAUCAGAAGUGCGCGGUGAUACUGAACACGGAGGUGUCCCGCGAGGAGUGCUGCGGGAACGGCAGUUUGGAGACGGCCUGGUCCAACUACACCCUCUCCAUCAACAAGAUCAGCCUCAUGGGCUUUCUGGGGAUGGUCACAUGCAAGCCCUGCAAAGAAACCUGCGACGAUGUGUACUGCGGGCCCAGCAAGGUGUGCAGAAUGAAGCAGGGGCGCCCCCACUGCGCAUGCGCCCCGGACUGCUCCCACAUCAACCACAGGCAGCCGGUGUGCGGCGGGGACGGCAACACUUACCGGGAUGAGUGCGCCCUGCUGCUGGCUCGAUGCAGGGGUCACCCCGACCUGGUUGUCAUGUACCAGGGAGAAUGCAAGAAGUCCUGCUCCCACGUGGUGUGUCCUGGCACCCACACCUGUGUCACGGAUCAGACAGAGAGCGCUCACUGCGUGAUGUGCCGCACCGCACUGUGCCCUGUCCCCAUGGCCGGUGGGCAGUCCAUCUGCGGAAACAACAAUGUCACCUACCCCAGCGCCUGCCACCUCCGGAGAGCAACCUGCUUCCAGGGGCGCUCCAUCGGAGUCCGACACUCCGGGCACUGCACACAUUUCUACAAGCAUGCUGAGGAGAAUUGGGGCAGCCAUGAGAACACAGUGUGAGCCCCUCCGUUUCCGGAGGCUGCAGCAGCAUUUCUUCACUCUCUGAUUUAGGCACAGCCGGAGGGGAAACCCGACAGGAACAAACGCAAGCCAACAGAAGCAGAAGCAACACUAGGUCCAGGUUCACAACUGUACGAAAGGGUUAUAAUUCGGAAGAAAACGUAACUCACACACACACACACACACACACACACGCAUGCAACUCAGAAAUGCUGGUAAUCAAAGUAAGACGAGGAUCAGAACACUGUUCUGGUUCUUUUAUGGACGCUAUAUCUGACAGUUUUGAAGAGGGGCAGGGCAGGGGUUCAGCGGGAGGGCACUGUUGUGUGCCCGAUGGGGUUUGGGGGGGAGGGGUGAUUUCCCAUUUAAAUUACACACUUUUCCCAUCAUACUAGGAAUUUGCAGAGCAUUUUAUGAAAUCAAGUGUUCCACUCAAAACAACACAUGCAGCCAUUUUUUUUUUACUCAUGCCCUUGUGUUCUACAACAACGCAAUUGUGCUGAUAAUGUCCUGCUCUGGUGUGUCCCUAAUUUACGUUUAUACUUUUGGUUCUAGACUGGCGACAAUCAUUCUAAAUAGACAUCCAGCUACUGUAGAUGGGCUCUGCUACAGGGGCUUGGGGUUAGGAGUGUAUCUCUGAAUGCUUUCUUUACAUGACACAUAGUGUCAUCAUAGAGGUCAGCAUCGUUUGUAUCUUGAUACAACAGCAAAAGCAAAGCGUAGCUCAGUGUAGCUCACCAAGUGGUUCUUGAGUGAAGUGUUUUACAGCUGGUAGGAAUACAUACUCCACCUGACUCAUUUAACGUUUGUCUUUUAACAAAAGUCUGUCAUUAACUGAUCAUUUGAUUUUAUUAUGCAUCAUACAAGCAGCCCAUCAGGACCGUCACACCGUGAUUCAUUUCAUAUCGUGAUACGCAUCAUAUCGUGACGUUAGUGUACAAUUAGUCCCCUGCUGGUUUAAACAUUAGAGAACAUUACAGACUGCAUUACACAAGGGGCAUUAUGUGAAUAUUGUAAAUAAGUGUCCCCAGAUAUUUAUUGGAGCAAAAGGUAUAUAAAGAAAAGAAAAAACAAAAAAAAGUUUUAUUUAUAUAUUUUAGUUUUUCACGUCAUCUACUGCUACCUUCAGAGAUGUAUUUAUUGUGAAGUGUUUCAGUAAAGGGUUCUGGCGUUUUUAUGCCUGUGAAGGUCAUGCUGCUUGUAAAGUAGGUCAGCUGGUAUUAAUCAAGGGAUGCCAGGAAUUAGCUGUUGGUUUAUAGAAAGAAAAUAUAUAAUAUUAAUAUAUUUUCAAGUUAUGUAAUGUACAUGUGUUUAAUAUGUAUGCCAUCUAAUUGACAGUAAACUUAAUAGAAAUUCCAUUUUCCUGGUUGUAGCUGAAGUUAUACAUUGCUAUACAUUUUGAAGACAUUGAGAAAGAUUUCUAGUUGAAACAUUUGUCAUUGAAGUUUAUUUUAGUAUUUCUAAAUAAUCCACAAUAAACUGAACACUUACAAAAUACUGUCUUAGUGUUUACAGCUCCUAUAACAGUUUAGCACAGUAGAUUUGCAUGUUUUCCAUUAUUUUCCCUAUAGUUAUAAUCCCAUUUACCAUAGUUGGCCAUGCUUUUAAUAUACUUUACCAUAGCUCUCUGGCCUGAACUUUCAUUAUCCUCCAUUACACUUUGCUAUGCUUUUUGUAUUAUUAUUAUUAUUAUUAUUAUUAUUUAGCAGACGCUUGUAUCCAAAGCAGUUUCCAGAGAUUUAGGGGUGAACGAUGCGUCCCAACUGCUGCUACAGAGUCACUUUCAAAAGGACCUCGGCUUUACAUCUAAACCGAAAGACGGAGCACAAGGAGGUUAAGUGACUUGCUCAGCGUCACACAGAGAGAGCCAGUGGCUGAACUGGGAUUGAACCCGGAACAUCCUGGUAACAAGCCCCUUUCUUUUACCACCGGACUACUAUGGGAAACUUCAGGAAAAUCAGCUCCUUUUAAUGUGAAUCUCUGGAUAUAAUAGCAUAGCGUGGAUAUUAUCAGGACACGGUCCUGCUUUAAGGACUAAAAGCCAAAGAAUACGAACACAAUGGCUGAAUUCCCCAGUGUCUGCGAGUCUCGCUCGGGCAUGCCAGGGUCAGUUCUUUAGAAUUAUGCUGGUAUAAUCUGUAGUCUCUGGAGGGAGAGCCCAGACAAAAUAACAUUGUAUUCCCUGCUCCAAUAGAACACACAAUACAGCAUGAAAAAGACAACGUGAACAAAGAAAUUGUGAAAUGAAUAUGUCCUCCCUGAAGACAUGCAAACUGAAUUGUUUUCACCAACGCAUGGUGCUUAGUUUAGCACAGGUGGCUGGAAGCUCACUUUAUUGAAAAAAAGCAGCCUCCAAUUUUUUUAGCUGGUUAUACUGUACCAGGGGACUGUCUGUUUCAGAUGAUCACAAAGACAGUGGCCACCUCUCUGUCUCUAUAUGUUAAAAAUGUUAUUCUGUAAAGGGGAAUAAAACCAAUCUCUAUUUCCACUUUUGCUUGUAAAGCAAACCUAAUUUGAGACACAUACAGCUACACACAGAUUUGGUAAAUUAACACUAUUUGAAUGCUUGGUUUGAAUAUC